UUGACCAAACCACAGCAGCAGCAGAACCAGCAGCAGCAGCAGUCUCCGAAGCAACAAAAGCGUUCCAUUAAAACGGCGCCAAUUCCGAUGGCGGCCUUCCUCGGUAACGACAUUAGCGGCGGCAGCCCCAGCAGCUCCGCCGGCAUCCGCAGCGGUGCCACCGCAGCCGCAGCAGCAACAGCAGCUCUGAACGGCGGUGGCGGGGGGCGUGGCGGUGGUCGCCAGGGCGCCGCCAAUGGGGGUGGCAGUGCAUCGACCUCAGGUCCAUCGGCAUCGUCCAAGUCGGAGAAGCACGACGACGGCGAGGAGGGUGGCAUUGGCAUCCUCUGCGGCUGUGGCAACAGAGCCCCCAAGUCGCACUGCAUAUCGGCAACAGGCGUUCUUCUGCUGGUGCUUCUGUACACCGCCAUGGGGUCGAUCAUCUUUGUGACCCUCGAGGGUGAGCUGGAGGAUGUGAGUGCCGUGGAGACCGCUGUGGCCGCCUCCAAGCCAUAUCCCCGCACUGAAUUGGCCAACGCUGAGAUACGCUCCAGAACUGUGGAUCGCCUGUGGUCGAUAACGGAGGACCUCAAUAUACUGUACAAGGAGAACUGGACUCGUCUGGCUGCCCAGGAGGUUCAACUGUUUCAGGACACUCUGCUGCGGGCCGUUCGUCAGUCAAAGGCUUACCCACCAGGCGGUAUCCAGAUGAAUGCACCGACCCACAAAUGGACCUAUGCCUCGGCCUUUCUCUACUCCAUGACAUUAAUUACAACGAUAGGCUACGGCGGCGUCUCGCCACGAACCCAGUGGGGCCGCAUUGCCGCCCUGAUUUACGCUCUCCUCGGCAUACCCAUCAUACUGCUCUACUUGUCCGCCAUGGGCGAUGCACUGUCCACCGGCAUGCGUUGCCUGUUCCGUCGCCAGGGUGGGGAGAAGGGCGGGGCAGGCGAAGGGGACGGCAUCGACAAUGGAGCUGGCGGUGGCAACGGGCGAAAAUCUGAUAAGAAGAAGGGCAAGAAGGGAAAGGGGGGCCACUACGGUCACCAUGGCGGCAACAAUAUGCACUACGGCAUGCCGCAGACCGUCUACCAGCAGCAACAGCAACAGCAGCAGCAGCAGCAGCAACAGCAGCAGGAAAAGAAGAGCUCUGAAUCGGAAAACGAACAAGGACCUGGACCCCGGGGCUCCGCCAGCGUGCCCAUCUCGAUCUGUGUGUGCGUGAUGGUCUGCUAUGUGACCAGCGGGGCCAUACUCUUCCACCGGCUGCAGAACUGGAGCGUGCUGGAGUCACUGUACUUUUGCUUCACCUCGCUGGGCACCAUCGGCUUCGGAGAGCUGGCCCCCAGGGGCACGCUCGCCUUGUACAUGGCCUCCGCCUAUAUCCUGGUGGGCAUGGCCGUGGUGGCCAUGUGCUUCAACCUGAUCCAGACCGAGAUUGUGCACUGGCUGCGCAAGUUCAGCGUCCAGGACCACGUGACGCCCAAGGCAGAGGAGGUGACCCUGGUGUCGGUGUCCGUCACCCCGAAGCCCUCCUGACAACGACCCAGCGCGGACCUGCUGGGCGGCGUCGCCGGCGGUCCCAGCACCUCCUCCGGUCUGGGCGUGGGCGUGGUAGGCCAGCCACCCAACAGCCUGGCCCAGCACCAGACGAUGUUCUUCGGCCCGGCCCACACCCUGACCCAGUACAGCUCGCUGCCCCGCCGCAGCCACAUGCACGGCGGCCACGGGGUCGGACACUCAUCCUCGGGAGCGGCCUUCCAGCGCAACACGCCCAUACGCCGCUCCACGGGCAUACCGGAGCACCACAUGGAGUACUUUGUGCCGCGCAGCAUCAGCGAGUUCAACCUGUCGGGCGUGGGCGAUCUGGCCCUGCCCCCGCCGCGGCGCUACUCCCCCAACAUGAACCACAUGGGCAUGGGCACGGGCACGGGCACGGGCAUGGGAAUGGGCAUGGGACCAGGCAUGGGAAUGGGCAUGGGUAUGGGCAUGGGUAUGGGCAUGGGCAUGGGCAUGGGACUGCCGCACGGCCUCCAACUGGGACCGCCGCAGACACUGCUCUGUGGCGGCGGCCCCCAACAACAGCAGCAACCACCGCCGCCACCGGCCCAGCUGCAGAUAGUCACCCUCAAGCCGCGCAGCGAGAAGAUGGUCACCUUCGAGGACGAGUCCAAGCAGCAGCAGCCGCCGCCACCCUCCAUUGUCUCCUCCGGCGUGUCAUCUGUGACGUCGGCGAGCACCCAUUGUCCCCACGGGGUGCCUACCACGCCGCGCAAGUCCUCCGGCGUCGCUGGCCUGAGUGGCGGCGACAUCUUCAUGUGACCAUCCAGUUGACUAGCGGCGGCGUCCAGUGACUGUUCGCCAGUGGCAUCUGGAUCGGGUUCUGGUUCCGGUGCCGGUGUCGGAGCUGGAGCUGGGGCGGCAUCAGAGCUGAAUGCGGCGAUGCGUCUGCGGGAUAGCAUUGACGAGGCGCUGUGCCCCAAGUCGGGACCGGCCCCAGGUGAGGUGAUACGUGUCUAAGUGAAUCUAACCAAAUGCUCACACUGUAAGUAAUUGCACACACACCCACACACACACACACAUAUACAGACAGGCGGACUCCUAUCUUGCACACAAACGAACACACAUGCAUAUCCAUAGACACACAUGUAUAUGGAAGUCAAGGAGUGUUGCCUACAUCUGGGGGCUCCAAGUGAGCGAACGAUAGCGACAGGGGAGGAGAGACGUAGGAAGCAGGAACCAGGAACCAGCAAGCAACACAAGCAGGGAGGGGGGGAGAAGAAGUAACAAUUUCCUUCAUCUAAAAGUUCUCCGUGUUUUUCGAAUCUAUAAACAUUGAGCAAAUAUUUAUUAUUAUGUGUGUAAAUAUAGGAAAAACCAAAAAACAAAAGCAUCCACAGGGUAGAGAAUAGACAAAGUUCGGGUCGGUUGGAAGCAUCAGCAGCUGCAGGAGUACAGGACGACAGGAGGGUGCAAAGUUAGGUUGGGGCAGGGGAAUGGGGAGGGUGAGGCAUUAGCAGCAACGACUAAAUUAAAAUUGAAAUUAAAAUUCCACAUGAUAAAUGCAUAAAUAUUUAAAUGGUGGAUGAGAGUGUUUAACGUUAAUGCCGAAUGCACGUAAAAACCGAAAUUAAUAAAAUACAUAGCGAAUACUAUGAAUAAUAAAUAGUGGUUCUCCUCGUGUAUGGGCGUGGCAGCGACAGGGGAAUACGGGGAAUGCGGAGAAUGCGGGGCAUGCGGGGCGGGAAACAAACAAAAUGCAAAUGAAAAUGACAAAUUGUAUAAAUACCAGAGGACAAAGUUUAUUUAAGCGAUUUGUUAGUUCGUUUCGGCUUCUCUCUCACUCACUCUGCGUCUAUUUUUUUUUGCCAUAUUUUCAUCUACUUCUGUGUUCCUGGGUGGCCAUGGUGGGUGGGGGCAAGUGGAAUUUGAAAUUACUUUGCCGCAUAGUGCUGUAUAACAGUUCCAUUAGAACGCGGUAGAACGGUAUUGUCUGUGUGGCAGGCAGGAAAGCAAAUGAAAACUAAAAUAUUUGUUGUAUAGGAAGUGGUAUAAUUGAUUAGUUUACAACUGUUAUACUGUGCUCUAGAAGCGAUAGGUACAGUACUGUGCGUUUUUAUCCAGCUGUUAUACAGACUGUGUUGCGAGAGUUUGCUUCGUUGCACACAACUGUUAUAUUACCUAUUUUCGCUGUUAUACUAACUGUCAUAAUGUUUGCAAUGUGUACAAAAAUGAAAUGGUACCUUUCGUGCACAAACUGUUACAAUAAGUUUGUUAUAUUAUCUGUUAUAUCUGUUAUACAGCUUACUUGUCUUUGUAGAUUCAACAACAAUCAACACUAUCUCGUACAAUCUGUUAUACAUGUAGUUAUCAUUGACCUGUCAUAAAAUCUCUUAUACGACUAGAUCCGAAUGAUGGAUCAUGUAUGUAUUUACAUAUAUCUGAGUCUCUUUAGUCCUUCAGUUCUUCAGUCUUGUUCAAGCACCAAGGAAUUCUACAAACUACCAUCGAUUCAUCAAAAUCCCCCGUGGCAUCUGCUUAAGCUAUUGCUGAGUGGUUUUUUUUUAAAUUUUUUUUUUGUUUCCUCUCCCGCACCACACGCUUCGCCUAGGGCAAAUAGGUUUAAAUACUUUUUAAAUACAUUUUGAUUGUAGGUAAUUGAGCGCGUGAAUUGUCAUUUGUUGUUUGUUAUUUGCUGCCGUCUGUCCUUUUUGCCGCAGUGCCAGAGCUGCCAGACCGUUCGGAUGGCUGUCAUCCAAGUGGAGCUCAUUUGGCGCAAUUUCGCUGCCAUUCGGUUGGCUUUUUUUGCAGCCCUUCAUUAAAAUAAAUAAAUGAAACUUGAGUGUCUGCCCUAGCCUGCACGCGAGGGUGUGUGGUCGCGGCGCGAUGCAUUUGUUAAUUUUUGCCAUAUUCAAUUUGUGGCAUUCAAUUAAAAUAGUAAAAUAGUGAAAUGAAAGCAGAAACCAAAAAUCAAAUAGGCUAGGUACUCGUACAUACUCGUAAAAAAUCAAAUCAAAAUAAAAUUGAAUACACACAAACGCAGAUACACAGACAGAAGAAGCUUAGAUGGGAGGAUUUCAAUUAAUGGAUUGCGUGAUUGCGGGCCAAGGCCGAAGGGCGAGCAACGGUAAUCUGAGGGCGGUCCGACAGAAGCAGUCAGAAACUAAUUCCAAAAUCCAGUUUGUGUCAUAGCAUAAGCCCACGCAGAUACAUACUAAACACAUACAUACAUAUAUGUCUAUGUAGUUAAUAACUAACUAACUAACCAACUAACGAAAAGCAGCAGCCAUAAUCGUACAGCAGAAACAUAAAACAUAAAACGGAAAACAGAAAACAGAAAAUGGAAAAAAGCUAAAGCAAAUAUUGAAUUUAAGUCAAUGUAAUUAAAUUAAGUCCACUUCAACACUCGCACAAAAAAACGACAACCAACAAAUAACAGCCGACACACGGAUAGACAGACAGACAGACAGAGACAUCGACACUCCGAAAACCACAAUAUAAUUAAUAACUAUCUGAUAAAUAUAGAAAAACUAAAUGUAAUAUGUGAGUGUUUUUUUUUUGUUGUCAAAUUCCUAGCACGGUAAGUUGAACUCUUAGGCUAACCGAAGUGGCUCGCGACAGUGAGUGACAGUUAUGGAUAAAUUACACCUAGUUCAUAUACCCGUACUCUUAGUAUUAGUCCUCCAAACGUGUGCAGGUCGGCAGAUAUUGGUACAGCGGAAAUAUCUACAUGUAUGUACAUGUGCAUGGGCCGACAUAGAUGCACACAUAUGUAGUUGUAAGCCUCCAUACAUAUAUAUAUGUAGCCGUACACAAAACGAAACUAAUUUAGCAUUGAGCAAGGCAACUAGCAAUUAAGUAAAUACCGCAGUUUGCGACAUAUACAUCUACAUAUAAUAUACAAUAUAUAUAUA